AUGAAAAAAGGGGUGUCGCAAUGGAAGGAACAAAACUACACCAGACAAAAUAUGAAACGAACGGGUAGGAGAUCAUGGGGGGAGCCACUUCAGGAAUGUCCCUUGUCAUUGGGAAGAUGUAAAUCAAGCGAAGGUGACGAGUUAAUGGACGAGGACAGAAAUAGGGGAAGCGAAUCCGACGGGUCCAGCACCGAAGAGAGGUUGUUUACUCCAAAUUAUUACAGCGGAAGUAAGAAGAAUACGAUCAGAAUAAAGAUAAAAAAAAAUCCAAACAGGAAUUUACAACACUCGGAGGGGGGAAAGAAAAAAGAGGAACAGAAAUCCUUCAUCAAAUCGCUGAUAGGGAAGAUAGAAGAAAUGUACAAAAAAGGAUCACACGAUGAGAAAAGAAGCUCACAUAAAUUGCCACUUGAGUCCAGACCUGCCUUUGUUUUAAAUGAAUAUAUAAAUGUACAACCGACGAAUAACGUGACGUAUAGACGUAGGACACCCCACAAGACUCGACGUCGAAGCGAUUUCAUUGGAAUAAAUUUAAAGCCCUUUGUUCGAUUUAAGAAUAAUCACAAGUGGGAUGACAGUCGUGCCAAUCGAAGCGGGGAUCCGAGAAAAAGGGCCAUUAUAAAAAUUUCGAGUCAAAGUCCUGACGAAAUAUUUAACCCCACGUGUAUCAAUACGAAUCGCUCCUCGUCUGGGUACCCUAAACCGGUACAUUUUUACUCCCUAAAAAAUGAUGUAAUGGGAGGGAAUCUCCCCUUGUGGGGGAGUCAAAGAGUGAAAAACGGAGUAGGUACCUCGGUAGGCACUCUGGGUUGCACUCACCAUUUGGGAAAAUUAACGCAUGAACAAUUUAGAGAUCCCAAUAUGCAUGACACACCCUUCGUACAGAUGAAUCCAGUCCAAAGGUGUGCAACGUAUAAUCCAUGGUGUGGGGGAAGCGCCGCGGGGAAUGUGAACAAGGGGGGGGGUGUCUACCACAUGAAGGGGACCCACGCACAUACACGCCGCGAUCACAGCACAGAAGAGGGAGGACAGAAAAUUAGAGUCAGAAUAAAUAGAAAGGGAUCGGGAAGAAAGAAUGUAGGUGAUGAUGACGGGGAAGAUGGCGAUAGUGAGGGAAGCAAAACUGAAUCUGGCUCAGUGAAGAAACGUACGCACCAUGGAAGGAGCUCUCUAGCCAACGAGCAUGAUCACUUAGUGAAACAUAACGAGGGAGACUUACAAGAAAAGGAGAAAAAGAAAAAAUUCCUAGUUAACCUGUCUAUACCUUUGAACAACCCUAGGGGAAACAAUUGCUCGGAAGGGGAAAGAACAACCAAUUUGGGUGGCAGCAUCAACGGUGAUGCCCCCUCCCACGUUUUAUUCACUUCGAAAGGAGAAAGAGGAACGACCUUAAAUGUGAUGAACAGAGCGAAUAAAAGAAUUAGGCUUCAAUAUGGAGGGAAAGAUGGAGAAGAUAAGGAAAGCGCUAAAAUGUGUUCCAAUUCCACUUCUACGUGGGACACGACAAAGCAUAAUAAGCUCCUCACUGGCACUUAUUCGUCCUUUGGGGGGAGCCAACAGAGCUGCUGCAGGAACCCCACGAAGUGCCAUAGAAGCGGUUUAAACAUCCAUUGUAUGCAUGGCAUCAAAGAGGGAAGCAACUCUUGGUGGAGCACGACAAAGAAAGGGACAAAAUUGCAGAUGGACGCAGAGGGAACGAAACGGAGGAGUGCAUACACGUGGAGUAAAGCUCCAGAACAAUAUCACGCCCAGUAUGAAAGAGGACUUCACAAUAAAGAGCAUCAUAAAAGAAUGGGGAACAAUUCAUCUCACCUUAGGACACAGACAGAGAAAAAUGGAUGCAUAAGGGAUGCCCGUGCGGUGAAGACACAGCACACCAAUUCGUGUCUUCAAUUGGAAGAUUAUAAAGAAGCGGAAACAGCUGUAUCAAGAGAGGGCUUCGAAUCAGGUGAAUCCAAAAAUGAACGCCAUAAAUACAGAGUGGAAAAAAAAACACACGAACUGAAAAACGAAGGGAAGCUUCUCUUAUUAACGCAGCAUAAUGACAAGUUGGUAAUCGAUGGUGGAAAGGAGGCACCGCGGCAAAACUGCAAAAUGUUAACUUGGGGAACCUCAAAUAGUGGCACCCUAAGAUACAAAGUAGACAGUAUUGCGCGGAAAAAGGGAGAAAAAAGUGCUAAAGGGAAUGGAGAGAAGUCCCUUGCUUGUAAUAACCCCCUAGAGGGACAACAAAAAUAUAAAAACUUGAGGACGAUUACUAUACCGUCAGACAGUGGUGUAGACGGGACGAAGGAGGAACACCCAAGGGGAAGACAUCCAAUUAAAGAUGGUGAGAAAUUUAGGGGGGGACACCACAUUACGAGUACCUUCGAGUUGUCAAACAAAAUAGGUACUCACGAAAAUGCAAUGGGUAAAUACAAGAUGGUGAAAUACUACAAACCCGGGGAUAACAAGAAAUGUAGCGGUUGGUCCUGCAUCUGCGAAGAGAAAGCGCACAAUGAUUGCUACAGCGGGGUGGGAGGAAAUAAAGGGAGUCACGCAAAGGUUAACCCAUUUGGUAAUACAAAUGCAGUGUUAGAAAUAAAAGACAAACAGGGGAGAAGCAGAAGUGUUGCUACAGCGUUGUCAAAUAGUCUGCGUCACAAAAAAAGGGAGGAAUUUCAUCCCCCUGACGAGGCAUGUAGAAGUUGCCCUUGGACAGGUUCAUCACGAAAGGGGGUACACACAACUGCGAUUCCACCAAACGAAGUUGAGAUUAGCGAUAGUGGCAGCCUUUAUAACAAUGAAGAACGCCUAUACUCGAAAGGAAAGGAAAGGAGCAAAAAAUUGAAUAUGUAUUCGAAGGGUAAUCCCCUCUGCAUAGAGGGAGAAGGAAAUUACAACUCGGGGACGAUUCACACACUUGACAGAUAUAAAUCGCAUAGUGGGGACUACUCCAGUCAUCUCCACAAAUUUGUGGAAGGUACAGAAAGUGGAGCUCGAGAUUGUGCAGUUUGGGAACACAAGCAAGUGGAUGACCGAGAAAACUGCUUAUGGCACCGUACAGAACAGCCAUAUGCCCCAUCAGGUGAAAAAAUUACAAGCACGAAAAAAGACGCGCAGAAAAACGAAAGGCAACAAUGUGUUGUUGGUCAAUUGGGAGAAGGCAGAAUCCAAGUGAGGGCAAGCCAAACAGGGAAUACUUCUUGUCGGCAAAAAAUGGGAGGAAGGGUAGAUGAGGCAAUUUUAACCAAUCCUGAUUUUGAAGAACAUACAAACUAUAGCAUUAACAGCAAAAUGCGUCACCCAAGUGACCUCCAAUUGGCGUCAAAUCGUAAGAAGGAUGCGCGAGGGGACAAAACGGAGAAACAAAACGAACACUAUAUAGAAAGCGACUCCCAUCCGCAUCACAGUUCUAGAGGCAAUUUUGAAAAUCCCCAAUCGCCGCAGUUGUUUUGCACUAACCGCUUGCAAGGAAGAAGUGAAAAAAUGAGGAGUGCUUUAUCGGGUGACAUUUUUGCACACAAAAGGUGUUCUCCUUCAAGGAGCAGAAGCGAAAUGUUAAAAUGGGGCCAUUCAAGGGAAAGAAUUACCAGAUCGGGUGAAAGUCGUCACAACAAAGGGGCACACCAUGAGGAUGAAAGAUACGAUAAAGGGAGAAGCAGCACCAGAUGGGGAAACGCCUCAUCUUCCAAUUUUUGCGAUUAUAAUGGGAUGAACAACAUAGAAAGGGUUCUUUACAAUUCGGGGGUGGUAUCCAAAGAGAGAGAAAAUGCAGGCACCGAAGGUGGAAGCGUUGGAGGAAGAAGCCGUAGCAGCGAUCGCAGAACAGUUGUGCAUUCCUCACAGGGGAGGCAUCCCUAUGGAGACACCAAAGAAAUCGCGGAACGGAGCCUUUAUCAUGAUAGUAACAAUAAUAUGUCGUCUUCUAUACGUGGCGGUUCGACAAAAAACGGAAGGCGGCAUUUUCCCGUCGGUACUACACCUAAUAGCUGCGUGUACAUGUCGCACCUCAGUGGAAGCGCCAUGACGUCGAAGAAGCCAACCGUCAUAAAUAGCGAUGUGCACAGUGAUAAGAGUGGUGGUACGCACGACAAACAGGUUAGCGUAGAAGAGAGUUUCCACUGCGGGGAAGAUAACCCAUUGUGUUGUAGCGAUAGGGAUGAAGCAAUAAUUCGAAAUAUUCAGUCGAAGGAUGCAGAGAGUGACGUUUAUCACAUCUGCGAACCGGUUUGUAGGAAGGGAAGGGGUGAAAAGUCCAGCGAUCGAAUGGUAGAUGGAAGAAAACUACACAAUGGAGGCACACACCAGAGUCGUCAGAACACCUUAUCGAAUGAGAAAUGUCGAACCCACCAAAGGUCACAUAAUUACCACGAUGAAGAUGAAUACGAAAGAAAGUCAAGCCGUAGAAUGAGGAACUCGCUGAGGAAGGGCAGAAAAAAUAGUGGGAACGGCAACUCGGAAGAGCCAUCCGCAGAUCAGUUCGCCAUAUUGGACAAAUUAAACUGUCCUCACGAUGACGAAUUGGACAUGAGCACAAGUGAUCAUGGUGUAAAUCUAGAUGAAGCAAAAUGUGGAAGCAAGGAAAGGGGUAACUCCUGCAUGAAGAGAGACACAGAAGUGAGCACCUCAUCCGCGGGAAAUAUCUUCAAUUGGGAAAAGAUAUCCAGAGAAAAUUCCUCAAUGGACAAAACGGGCUUCCCAUAUGGCCCCUACUCCAUGCUUAAGGAAAGUAGUGGAGAUAUUUUCCGAAAAAGAAAUGGCAAGUCGCGUAAUGAAAGCAGAUUCACGCAAGGUACAUGUGAUUUCUCAAAACAUAAAUCCCAUAGUAGGGACGAGCGUGAUGAUAACAUGAGCUUCAUUUCGGAUGCGCAAAAGGAACUCGUGCGUAGGGGUGAUGAGGCAGGUAGAAGUAUGUCUUUAGGUGGGGGAAGAACUCCAUCCAGAAGGGACAAGUGCGGCAAAAGAGGGAACAACUCUGAGCACUCGAUCGAUGAGCACAUAGAUCAGCGACGCGACUAUGACUAUAGACGCGGGAGUAGGCACACCCAUUCAAACGGAAAGCGCUAUUACGAGGAGGGGGAGGAAGUAACCCCCCAUAAUGGAUCAUCAAGAAUGGAAGAUAAAAAAAAGCACCAAAAUGGGGAUGCUAAUAAAUAUAAAGAAGGAAGAAAGCAUAAAGGCAACUACAAAUCGUGUCAUUCUCAUUGCGUCUCGGAAUGUUCCCAAAGGAGUGGCAGCAUAUCUGAGGGAAUCAUCACCGGCUGUUCAGGCAGUCAUGCUAUCUACGACAAGAUCACCCCCUCGGCAUUGCCCAGGUCGAAGAGUUCCAUUCAAUAUGAGGAGAAAAACAAAAGGGUUAAAAGUAGCCAUCCAAAUGUAGGCGAUCAUCAUGGGGGGAGUCACCAUUGGGGCAGGAUGUCCCGAGAUUGGCACAGUGGCCAUACCGAACAGGGGGACAGACAUCGCUCCUAUAGCGGCGAAAGGGAGAAGAAAACGAGUAGAGGCGCUUCUAAAUGGGAUCCUGAAGGGUCGUCCGUGAGGGAGAGGAAUAGACGCGACGAAUAUGUUUACGUGAGGGAAGAUGGCAUCAGGGAAGAUGUCAUCAUCUCAGAUGGCAUAAGCGCACAACCUGCUGCUAAUCAAUUAUGUGGAAAGAACUCAAAGCUAGAAAGCAUCCCCACCGCGCGAAGCAGCCAGGAAGGCACACGCGAAAGAAGACAUUCACAUUGUAGUAAUGCAUCCCUCUGUAUUGACAACUGUAGAGAAGAAGAGGUUAACCCCCCUCAACGAUAUGGCAACAGGAAUGAGAAACCUAGUGAGAUGGAAAAGAAACCAACCAUCCAGGAAAAGCAAAAUAGUGUGGCACACAACUGGGUGCGUAACGAAGGAAUGAGCUGCCCUCCUGAAAGAGAGACGAUUUUAUGCAAUAGUGAAAAGGAAGAAAUAACCAAGGGAGGCUUCCCCAGCAAAACGAAUGAAUACCCUCCAAACGUCGACAUAGGAAAAGAUAACGAGGUGCUUUCUCCGCGAAGGGCUUCUCCACUGAUGAGUGGUACGAAGGAACCCAAAACAGGAGAAUGUACACAAGGAAAUGUAACUGAACAGAUGGACAAGUCGAAAUUAACCCCAAUGAUAAGCCCGCUCCAGUUCAAUAUGGUGGGAAGCACAAAUGCUGUGGAGAGACCAAUCCAUAUGGAAAAUCCCCACCCCAAUUUUCCAACCGGAAAUAAUGGCCACCAAAUUAUGAUAAGAAAAACGGUUAGCGGAGUGGUGGGGCUGAAAAAGGCCAAUGAGUACAUGAAGAGCGAGUUAAAUUAUUAUCUAUCUGGUGGUAAUUUUGCCAAGGGGAGUCAUCACUCCUAUGAGGAAGCAAAUGGAAAAGUGGAAAACUCGUCCGAAGCGUUGAGCGAGAGAAAUAGUUUUAAGAAUGGAAUAAUGAGGGUGGAUGCUGACCCCCCUCAAUGUUGUAGCAUUGGUGCAGUAGAUGCUAUGAAAUCGACAUUAGGGGGAGACUCCCACGCAGCUAACCGUUUAGGAAAUUACAAAAAGGGGGAGUCCCAUGAAAGGAGUAGCGGCCAUAUGAGCAAUAUUAGCCUCUUCAAGGGGGGCCAGUAUGGUUCUGCCAGUUCAUCCCUUCCUAGUGACCACACAAAUGUGGAUGCUACGAACAUCAAGGUAGGUACUGAACCCCUUAACGAUCCACCUCCCAAUGGUGAAGAGGGAAAUUUUUCCACCAUCAAUGAAGCCCAAAGCAGAAGCGGAGUCUAUCGACAGAAUGAAAAAAUAAAAUUUAACAAUGGCAUGUAUUGCUAUCCCAAUGUUAGCGCGAGUCAGGGUGUGAAGAUGGUGAACCCGAGCGAUAGUUCCAAUAUGAGGAAUAAUAACACGUUCUAUGGACCCCCCAAUAAUGCCGUCCUCAUGAGCAAGCAAUAUUCUUCCGUGUCUGACCCUACAAAUAGGCAAUUCUUACACUAUCCCAGUGUAGCCCCAGACAAUAAGAACUUCAACGGAAUCCACUACGUGAACAGGGCGGUGACUAUGCCCAAUUUGGGAAACAUAAAUAUGCACGACAAUUUAUUUAACGCUGGGAUUGGAAACAAAAUUGGUGACCCCGUUCAUGUAACGAGAAGUGACAUUCCCUCAGCUGUGCAUGCUCAGGCGAACCAGCUACCCCCUCAGCAGAUGAUGCAUCCAAACUUUCGCAAAGCGUUCCAAGUUCCGAUUAACUAUGGAAAUAUUUCAAAUGGGUUAAAUUACAAUUCUUCCAACGUUAGGAGGAAUGAACUGUUAAUUAGUAACCGGCCUUACGAUGGGGAUAUUUUCUACGACAUCAAUGGUAAGGCGUACAUAGUUGGCAGAAACAGGGAGGCCAAUGCCAGCUCAGUGAACACCCUCUGUAAUUAUGCCCCUCCCAGUUAUCACCUUGCAAUGGAUAAUGCAAAUCAGAGCAAUCUGAAUAGGGACCAGCUCAUCGGGCAAACCGGACAUGCUAAUUUAGCCAUCCCUAAUGCCAUGGAUGGGGGCAGUGGCAGGGGUCUAAAGAAACCUUCCGUGGUGUUUUGA